AUGUCUCAGAAGAAUGAACCCCGAGUGAAUACCUCUUCAUUACAAAAGAUUGCUGCCGACAUGAGCAAUAUAAUAGAGAACUUGGACACCAGGGACCUCCAUUUUGAAGGGGAAGAAGUGGAUUUCGACUUGUCCCCGGAGGAUUCCAAGCCUGGGCGUAUCCCCUUCUCUAUUAUUUACCACACUAAAGGAUUUAAGGAACCCAACAUCACAACCUAUCUCUCAGGGUAUCCGAUCAAAGCCCAGGUCCUGGAAGUGGAGCGUUUCACCUCAACAACAAGGGUACCUAGUAUUAAUCUUUACACUAUUGAAUUAACCCAUGGCGAAUUUACAUGGCAAGUCAAAAGGAAAUUCAAGCAUUUUCAAGAGUUUCAUAGAGAGCUGCUGAAGUACAAAGCUUUCAUUCGAAUUCCAAUUCCCACCAAAAGGCACACCUUUCGAAGACAGAAUGUCAAAGGAGAAGAACCAAGAGCAAUGCCAAGUUUGCCUCGGACGUCUGAAAACAUGGUCAGAGAGGAGCAAUUCUCCAGCAGAAGGAAACAAUUGGAAGAUUACUUGACAAAGCUAUUAAAAAUGCCCAUGUAUAGGAACUAUCAUGCCACGCUCUUACUGGUGGCUCCAAGGAGCUGUUGCCGGAGCAGUGGCCACACUCGGGUAAACCGUCUCAGUAGGCUAAACCAGUUUGAGGUCCUCUACAAGUACAAAGGACAACAACCAGCCAGGUAUGUUAAUGCGAAAGGGUAUUUUGAAGAUAUAGCGAAUGCCAUGGAAGAAGCCAAAGAAGAGAUUUUUAUCACGGAUUGGUGGUUGAGUCCAGAAAUCUUCCUGAAACGCCCAGUGGUCGAAGGAAAUCGAUGGAGACUAGACUAUAUUCUCAAACGGAAAGCACAACAAGGGGUGAGGAUAUUCGUGAUGCUCUAUAAAGAGGUUGAACUUGCCCUUGGCAUCAACAGUGAAUAUAGCAAGAGGACUUUAAUGCGCCUGCACCCCAACAUCAAGGUCUGCAACAUAGUCUAUGUGGGAUUCAAAAGCACCUUUUCACAUUCAGAGGAAAAAAUAAGGAGAACAGAUGAAAAAGUAAAGUCUGAAGAUUCCCAGAAAGCAGCGCUAGCUUUGGCCAACAAGAAGCUAUUUCCUGUUUCAAGAGCAUCUCAACUUUCCUCAGGUUAUUUUAAUCACUGUAGGAGUCGUCAGCAUUUAAUCCGAGGGUUAAAGCCCCACUUGAAAUUCUUGCAUCAUUCCAGCGAGUCCGAACAAAGACUCGCAGGCCCUGGAAGUGACACAGGAUCCAUCCGUAGUUUGCAGACAGGUGUUGGUGAACUCCAUGGAGAAACUCGAUUCUGGCAUGGAAAGGACUAUUGCAAUUUUGUCUUCAAAGACUGGGUUCAGCUGGAUAAACCCUUUGCUGAUUUCAUUGACAGGUAUUCCAUGCCCCGAAUGCCAUGGCAUGACAUCGGCUCUGUGGUCCACGGGAAGGCUGCGAGGGAUGUGGCCCGUCAUUUUAUCCAGCGAUGGAACUUCACGAAGAUUAUGAAGUCAAAAUAUCGAUCCCUUUCUUACCCAUUCCUGCUGCCCAAGUCUCAAGCCACAGCCCAUGAGUUGCGAUAUCAGGUGCCUGAGUCUGUGCAUGCCACAGUGCAGUUACUCCGUUCUGCUGCAGAUUGGUCUGCUGGCAUAAAAUACCACGAAGAAUCCAUCCAUGCCGCGUAUAUGCAUGUGAUAGAGAACAGCAAACACUACAUAUACAUAGAAAACCAGUUCUUUAUCAGUUGUGCUGAUGACAAAGUUGUCUUCAACAAGAUUGGGGACACCAUUGCCCAGCGGAUACUCAAAGCUCACAGAGAGAGCCAAAGGUACCGAGUGUACGUGGUGAUCCCUCUUCUGCCUGGAUUUGAAGGAGACAUUUCAACGGGGGGUGGAAAUGCACUCCAGGCCAUCAUGCAUUUCAACUACAGAACCAUGUGCAGAGGAGAAAAUUCCAUCAUUGGACAAUUAAAAGCUGAGAUUGGCAAUCAGUGGAUAAAUUAUAUCUCAUUCUGUGGACUUCGAACACAUGCUGAAUUGGAAGGAAACCUUGUCACCGAGCUCAUCUACGUCCAUAGCAAGUUGCUCAUAGCAGAUGAUAACACUGUCAUUAUUGGGUCAGCAAAUAUAAAUGACAGAAGCAUGCUGGGAAAACGUGAUAGUGAAAUGGCUGUUAUCGUGCAGGACACUGAGACGGUCCCCUCUGUGAUGAAUGGAGAAGAGUAUCAGGCUGGGAGAUUUGCUCAGGGACUUCGGCUGCAAUGCUUCAGGGUCGUUCUUGGCUAUCUUUCAGAAUCAAUCGCAGAGAUUCUAGAUCCUGUGAGUGACAAAUUCUUCAAAGAGGUGUGGAUCUCAACAGCAGCUCGGAAUGCUACCAUAUAUGACAAGGUGUUCCGGUGCCUUCCCAACGAUGAGGUACAUAAUCUCAUCCAGCUCCGGGAGUUCAUUACCAAGCCAAUAUUAGCAAAGGAGGAGCCCGGACGAGCAGAGGAAGAAUUAAAAAAGAUCCGCGGAUUCCUCGUGCAAUUUCCUUUUUAUUUCUUGUCUGAAGAAAACUUGCUGCCUUCUGUGGGAACAAAAGAAUCCAUGGUGCCCAUGGAGGUCUGGACUUAGAAAGGGGGAGGAUGUCUUCCCUGUCCCCGUCUCUCAUCCUGGAGGUGAUAAUGACUUCCUUCAGGGCCAGCCUCUCCCCAAUGAAGAAAUCUCUGCCAGCCCACCUACCUGGUGCUUCUAAAGAUGGCGCCAGGGAUUUAGAUGGUCCAGACAGAAAAAAGGCACAACUAGAGUGUUAUGAAGACACUAAAAAUCAGUACCAGAUAAUGACUUAUUUAUUCUGUCUCACCUUUCAAAGAGGAAACUGCAUCGUAGAUAAUGGGCACGUUGGAUGCAUCUUAGAACACUGACUUGAUUGGGGAUGUGAAAUUUGAUCACAAGAAUCCCACAAGAGGAAAUAAAUGAUCUG